GUGUGAGAAAAUACGCGAGUGCGAGAGGUUUUGCGCAAAAUCGAGAAGUUGUAGCGAAGGAGGCAUCUCAAUUCAAUUUUUUUCCCACUCAAUCCGUUUCAGUUGGGCCAAACUGUUGCAUUCAAGUGCGAUUUGGGAUUGGAUGAUGGUGUCCAAUGUCCUGGACAGCGCAAAACGACCCCUCCGCCAGACCUUUUAUCCCCCAAGACACUUCAGUCGCUAAGACACUGUGUGACGUGUUGGAGUGUGUUGUUCUACGCCAAGUUUCAAUUAAAGAAAAUUUUUUAAGUAAAUAGUAACAUUAUUUUAGUGUAAAAUUGUCGUGUACUUGCGUCUGGGUUUGUGUGAUAGAGACCUCGCUGAGUGACAUUCUGUGAUUGCGAUAAUGAGACAUGAUUUUUGACUAUUUCCUCAACAUCUUCACCUUCGAGCUUUUUGUGAAGAACUUUGGGUUACCCGAAGGAAUUCGCGGGAAAUCCUGCAGAAAUGUUGUGAUGAUGUGAUUUGGAGGAUUUAACUGUGACAUUCGUGGCUAAAUUGCGCGAAUUUUUCUUUUAUUUUUUUGGUUUCUUCGAUCCGUUUAAGAGCCAAGAGACAGUCUCUGAAGGGAGAUAAGGCCCAAGAGCUAAAAGAGUGAUUAUCAGUGUGCAAUAGAUGCUGCUGUAAGUGCUUUGGGAUUUUCCUGAUUGGGCGCAACAGUUUUUCCCGCGCAAAAGGAUCUUCUGGGGACAUUUUCACAUGUGAACAAAUCUUCCAGGAAAAAAAAAAGAGAAAAUCAUAGUGAAAAAAUUGCAGCCGCCCCAACAGCUACAAGGAAAUAAUUUGAUGUUUGGAUUACUGACACUCUCAAUCCACACAAUCUAGCCACGCAUUAUCCCAUCAUCCACCUGAGCUCCCACAAAUCCCACCCAUUCGCCAGAGCAACCUCUCAAACCUCUCGCAUUUUCCCCAUCUCUCUUCCAUGUGCACCUGUGCAACGCGUGGGUGUUGCUGCGGCGGGAUGUUUUGACGGAUGGGUGCAGGUGUCUGGAGCAAAUCUGUGGAGUCGCGCCGAUCGGCCCCGCUGCGAGGGGCCAUGACGUGUUGGCCCUAUUCAGUGCUCCUCCUGCUCACAGCGACCGCGGUCGCAGCCACUCCGGAUGGCUCAUCAUGGGAGCCCAGUCACGGCAGUUUCUUCAGCGGUCGCUUCCGCAGCGAGGGCUACACCUCCGAAAGGCACACCGCAGCCUCAGACAAGACUGUCCUCACUGUCGGCUACCUCACGGCCAUCAAGGGCGAACUCAAGGACAAGCAGGGCCUCGCAAUUUCCGGGGCUCUCACCAUGGCGCUCGAUGAGAUCAACAACAAUCCCCACAUUCUGCCCAAUGUGACUCUGGCACUCAGAUGGAAUGACACACGAGGAGAUACCGUGCUGGCCACACGAGCCAUCACCGAGAUGAUUUGUGACGGCGUGGCGACGUUUUUUGGACCCGAGGGACCCUGCCAUGUUGAGGCUAUUGUGUCACAGAGUCGCAAUAUUCCAAUGAUUUCCUAUAAAUGCUCCGAUUACAUGGCGUCCACCAUUCCAACAUUCGCAAGAACUGAACCACCAGACACUCAGGUCACCAAAUCCAUCAUCUCCCUCCUCAACUACUACGGCUGGAAGAAAUUCUCCAUUAUCCACGAAGAACUCUGGUCCACAGUGGCCAAUUCCCUGCAGGAACAGGCCAAACAGAGGAACAUGACAGUCAAUCACAUGUUGGCUGUUGUGGACAAUCACAAGUGCUGUGAGAAUAGCAUGGAGUGCUGCAGAAGCGGAUAUUGGUAUCAAGUUGUUCAGAACACAAUGAACCGAACCAGGAUCUAUGUGUUCCUGGGUCCCGUGUACGCCCUCGUGAACAUGAUGGAAGCCAUGGAUGCUGUGCAGUUGUUCGCAAAGGGCGAAUACAUGGUGAUCUUUGUGGAUAUGAUGACUUAUUCAACGCGUGAGGCCCAAAAGUACAUUUGGAAGCCGGAUCAUCUCAAUAAGCAUGCCUCUUGCAAAGAAAUUGAUAAUUUUAAGCAACGUGCCAGGAGUCUUUUGGUCAUUGUCUCGUCCCCACCGGCUGAGAAUUACGAGAGUUUUACUGAGCAAGUGAGGGAGUACAACAAGAAGGAACCAUUCUUCUUCCAAACUCCGACUUUCUUUAAGAAAUACAUAAAGUUUGUGUCUAUCUAUGCGGCUUAUUUGUACGAUUCUGUGAUGUUGUAUUCAUUGGCAUUGGAUAAAUUGCUGAAGGAUGAACAAAAGCCCCUGACUCCGGAUUUAAUUCAUGAAAUAGCAAGCAAUGGCACAAAAAUUAUCGAGACGAUCAUCAACAACAAAACGUACAAAAGUAUUACCGGAGCAACGAUAAAAAUUGAUGGAAAUGGCGAUUCUGAGGGAAAUUUUUCCGUGCUAGCCCUCAAGCCUUUUCACUUUGUUGAAGAGAACUUCUCCUGCGAUUAUCACAUGAUGCCGGUGGCGUAUUUUCAGCAAGGAGAAGAUUUUCCAGAAUACAAGAUCAUCAAUGCAUCCGUAAAGAUAGACUGGCCAGGUGAUGAUCGUCCAUUCGAUGAGCCUUCUUGUGGCUUCAUGAAUGAACUCUGCCCUCGCGAUGACACCCACAUUACGUCAAUGGUGGUGGCUGGUAUUCUGGCACUGGUGCUCUUUUGUGCCGGAGUCAUCACCAUGAGUAUCUAUCGCAAGUGGAAGAUUGAGCUGGAGAUCGAGGGUCUGCUGUGGAAGAUUGAAUCUCACGAGAUAAAGGGAUACUUCAACAAUGACAUUGUGUCAUCACCGAGCAAACUCAGUCUCGCCAGUGCGGCAUCCUUCAAUUCCCGGUGCUCAAAUCAGGUCUUUACGACCACUGGGCGCUUUCGUGGGGUUGUGGUGCGCAUAAAAGAACUGAAGUUUGCUAGGAAGAAGGACAUCUCGCGUGAUAUCAUGAAGGAGAUGCGCCUUUUGCGUGAUCUGCGACACGAUAAUAUUAAUAGCUUUAUUGGGGCAUGUGUGGAGCCUAUGAGAAUCCUACUAGUCACUGAUUAUUGCGCCAAGGGUAGCCUCUACGAUAUCGUUGAGAAUGAGGACAUCAAGCUCGAUGAUCUCUUUAUAGCAUCGUUGGUGCAUGACUUAAUUAAGGGAAUGAUUUACAUCCACAACUCAGCUUUAAUAUUCCAUGGAAACCUCAAAUCGUCAAAUUGUGUUGUGACAUCGCGCUGGAUGCUCCAAGUGACGGAUUUUGGACUUCAUGACUUGAGGCACUGUGCCGAGAAUGAGUCCAUUGGGGAGCAUCAGCACUAUCGCAGUCAGUUCUGGAAGGCGCCAGAACUACUGAGGAAUCCCACAAUUUACGGCAGCCAAAAGGGUGAUAUUUAUGCAUUCGCAAUUAUUCUCUAUGAGAUUAUAAGUCGGAAGGGGCCAUUUGGGCAGACGGGCUAUGAGCCCAAGGAGAUCAUCGAGAUGGUAAAGCGUAUUCCACUGGAUACGGAGGAACCGUUCAGGCCGGACCUUGAGUGCAUCACUGAGAUGGACAAUUGUCCGGACUACGUUCUCAACUGCAUUGAAGACUGCUGGAAUGAGAAUCCCGAUCUUAGGCCAGAUUUUGCAACUGUCCGGACUCGCCUGAAGAAGAUGCGAGGUGGAAAAUCGAAAAACAUCAUGGAUCAGAUGAUGGAAAUGAUGGAGAAGUAUGCCAACAAUUUAGAAGAUAUAGUCAAUGAGAGGACGAGAUUGUUGUGCGAAGAGAAGAAGAAAACCGAAGAUCUACUCCAUCGGAUGCUUCCACAGUCCGUUGCUGAGAACCUUACGCGAGGACAUGGCGUGGAGCCGGUGUCCUUCGAUUCCGUCACAAUCUAUUUCAGUGACAUCGUUGGCUUUACGGCAAUGUCCGCUGAGAGCACGCCCCUUCAGGUCGUGAACUUUCUUAAUGAUCUCUACACAGUUUUCGAUCGCAUCAUUAAGGGAUACGAUGUGUACAAAGUUGAGACAAUUGGAGAUGCCUACAUGGUGGUCUCCGGUCUACCAAUUCGCAAUGCUGACCGUCAUGUCGGCGAGAUAGCCUCAAUGUCCCUGGAUCUACUGCAGGCUGUCCGAUCUCACAAGAUCUCCCAUCGUCCCAAUGAGACCCUUAAGCUGCGCAUUGGUAUGCAUACGGGUCCAGUUGUGGCGGGUGUUGUGGGGCUAACGAUGCCUCGGUACUGCCUCUUUGGGGACACAGUCAACACAGCCUCCCGGAUGGAAUCCAACGGGGAAGCUCUGAAGAUUCACAUUUCGGGUCAGUGUAAGCAGGCCCUGGACAAAUUGGGGGGCUAUGUCACUGAAAUGAGGGGCCUAAUUCCGCUCAAGGGGAAAGGCGAAGUCAUUACGUACUGGUUGAUCGGAGCUACUGAGAAGGCCAUCCAGAGGAAACCUGUUGAUCUGGAGGAUAUGCCACCGCCGCUGUUCUGUCGUCCACGGCGGAGUCCGAAGCUCAACUGCGAUUCGCGCCAGCCGAGCUUAAUUGGAGCUGCUCAUUUUGGUAAUUUCCGUGGAGGAUCUGUAACAGGAUCCAUUGACUUGAUGUGUUCCUUUGAAGGUGCUGGAAGUCGGCGUCAGUCAAAUAUUCCACGGGCGGAUGUUGAGAGUCAGUGCAGUCUGCAGGGUUCCAUUCUCCACAGUGGCAUCCGGGACUCCCCGAGGCCCAUCCAGAAGAAGUUGGAGCGUAUACCGUUGUAUCUCAACGAAGAAUCUCAUCAUGUUCUGGAGCAUGUUGAGUGCUGUGAGCCCGUCAAUGGUGCCGAUUGUCCAAAGAAACCCUUGGCAAUGGUAAAGCCACGACAAGUUCUGCGAUCAAUUGCUUCUAGUGAUGAAUAUGGGAAAUUUGGAACUGAGGGAAUUUUGCGGGAGAGCCGAAGUCUGGAUCCCUUUCCCAGUCAAUUGCGUCGACGGGAUCUAUUUAAGAUGCCCAUUAGGUUUGCCAAGAGAGGCUCGAGAUCACUUGAGGGGGGUGUUGGGAGUCCAGCAAAUAUUCCUAGGAGCACGUCCAAAUCAUCCGUUGCAACGUCCUCAGUGGCCGUUCCGAGUAGUCAGCAGAUUGCUGAGCACAGCAACAACAACUGCAACGGCAGCAUCGGGAAUGAGGAUGUCAACUGUCCUCUGUUGCAGCGUCAGGGAUCACUGUCAAGUCCAGUUGAUGAAUUGCUGUUUCAAGCUAAGAGAUGGCACUCCCUCGAAUCCGUUGCCAUGGACAAUGAUUCAGCCAGCAGCAAGAAACCUCUUGCUAGGGCAUCAAUACGUUCCUGGCUUGUUGGACUCUUUCAGGGAAGUGCCCUCAAGAAUAGCGAUGCAUCCUUAAGGAAAGUCUGCACGGUUCAGAGUGGCGUAAAGCCAGCCUUCAACGAUCUCCCGGCGUCAGUUGAGAAAGAGAGUAUCGUCUGAGAUUGACAGCCUCCUCCCUUACUUCCCCAUCUUUCCCUGACUCUUCCUCCCCGGGCAUUCGUGAUCAAAAUUUAGCAUCUUCGCGUUGGCAUUCCCGGAAAUUCCAUCCCAUGUGAUUUUCCGCCAACGCGAAAUGUCUUCUUAUAAUUUAAUUAACUUAUUGUCAUACUUAUUUAUCUUUUAAUUUAUAUUGUUUCUUUUUUUCGGCUAUGACGUGGCAUUUUUUUGUAGCGAAUUCCCUUUCUAUAUAUAUAUUUUUUUUAAAUAAACCGCACGGGGAGGAGUUGAAAGUGUCCCAAAAAAAAAGAUAUCGGAGAGAAAGACAAUCGGUAGCGAGAAACGAGACUUUUUUCCUCCCCAAAAAAGGAGGUUUCUGUGCAAUUUGUUUUAGUUAACAUUAUAAUUUACAAGAUUGUGUCCAAAAAAAAAACACGAGGACAAAUUUGAAAUUCCACUUGAAGCACAAGGAUAUUCUGUAUUAUGAAUUAUGUGAUAAUUUUGCGUCAAACGUUAGAUUUCUUCCUCGUGGUUAAAAAAAAAUCUAUUUACAGAUGGGUUAUUUGAUGUUUGAAAACCAUUUGAUGGAAAAUACUUUAUAAAUUGGCUUCAUUCUCUUAUUUGGUGAAAUGAUACUUCUGUAAAAUGAGGUUAUGUGUCUCCUAACCUCGAAAAUAUCCAAGAAUGUUAUGUCCCUUAAAGCAGAGGACGCUGCUUCAAAGCGCUACCUGGACAAACUUAUUUUAACGUUUAUUCGGUUUCAAACGGUUCAUGCUCUUCCCUGCUUCAAAGGCUGGUUUUUAAGGUUAAGUUUAACAUAACCUCAAAAUUGGCUGAACAAGAAAUUCCCAGCACCGAAAAUGAUUCGCGGUUGAAUAGGCUGCGACGGUGGCGGCCUCCUAAUUUGUUCGGAGCGCGGUGGCCACCAUGAUGAACUUCUUCUAGUUCAGUGCGGUGGCCACCGCUCCAGCGCCACUGAAUGUGCAUUGACUAGUAGUCACAAAGGGUCACGCUAUGUUAAAUUCCCAUAAGGUGACUGGUAGUUGUUCAGGUAUUCUUGUACUGUGGUACCAACCGCUAACUUUCGUUGCUGGGUUGAGGCACGAAGUGCUUCAUUUUCUCAUUUAGCAAGAAGGGUAUUGCAAGUCAUGUUAUGUGAAGAUAACCUCAAAAAUGAGUGGAAUCAUUAUUAACCCUUUAACGACGAGACACUUUUUACGGACUGAAAAUCAACAAUAAAAAUUAAACUGGGAAACACAAUCAGUGAUAAGUCUUACAUCUAACCUUGGAAAGUCCAACAGAGUCUGAUUCUGUGUAUUUUGUGCCUCUAUGAACGAUAGGGACAAAAAUAGCCCAAAAAUUGAAGUAAUUUUUCUGACAUUACGAAUGAAUAAUAUUUUUCGCUUUAAUGAAAAAUAUUACGUAUGAGUAUUGUAGUUUUUAUUGCCAAAAGGGUUUUGCUUAAAAAAAAUUGGAAGUAUAAAAAAUAAAUAAAAUCAAUUAUGAAUUUGAGGAUUUAAAAAUUCGCCAUUAUUGAGCUUAAAUAUUUACUACAUAGCAAAUAGCUAGAGACUUGCAAAAAAUAUUCUAGAUUCCUUCAACCUUCUACUUUACAAUUAUGUACAAACAUUAGAAAAAAAUAAUUUUAGGUAGUCAGGAAAAAUUAUUUUCUUUAUGGGACACCGGUGUUCCAAUCGUCCUUAAAGGGUUAAUCGUUGUAUUCCGUUAUUAGCUGUUGUAUUCCGUGAUGAAAGAAUCCGAUAAGUCCAUGUGUAGGCCGCCCAGGAGCGCCUUCCUUGCAGUGUGGAUAAUUCUUCCAUGCUCCCAGAGUUUUUUGGACAGAGGCGGUGCAUUUCAUUACGUUUUAUUACCGGAUGGGACUCGAACUCACAACUUCGAGAGUCGAGUCAGAGAUCUCAUCCGCCCAAGACCCAGCGGUCUUGCCUAUUGCGCCACUGAGAUCCCCGUAGUGGAAUGAUCAGCAGAGAAAAAUGUGAAGUUUGUCUUUUGUCUUCGUUUGAAUUUUCCCUCAAAUUUAGUUCAAGAAAUACAUUAAAUUUUCAUGGAAAAGGCAUACAAAAUAUCCACAGAAUAAUAAUAGAUGCAGUCAGCUAUCAAUUCGUCGGUUGAAUCAGUAACUGUGCUAUCUGAAUUUCUUCCAAACGCAGUAAUGCGUCGUUUGCAACAAAUACAAGGGAAAGUGCCCAUGCUUUGCACUGUCCCAAGCUUCAUAAUGACCAUAUUUUUCCAAAGUUUCUAAAUAAAUGUGACUCCGCAAUAUUUUAAAAACAGGACACUUUUCCCUAGUUUUUAAAAUACGGGUGCGAUCAGUCAAAUUUUUUGUAAAACAGGAAAAAUUUAGUCAUUAUAAAGCUUGGGACCAUGCAAAGCAUGGGGACUUUCCCCCGAAUAGCACAGUUGGCGAUACAACCGACAUAUUUUUAUUUUUUUUUUAUUUUAUUUUAUUUAUUGAAAUACGCUCGAGUUCCUUUACAAUAUACCGCCCCACACGGCAACGAGGAUUCGAGCGGCGUCUGCCGCCGUCAUUCAUUACAGCCUCAGUGGUUAAAACGGCAGAAAACCCCACAUCACAGGCUGAUUAUGAUAAAACUCGGUAUAGCAUUGCCGAAGCGAGGUAGCAUACGCAAGAAGUAACUCGAGGAAAAAUAAGAGACGACAUGAAACAAGGGUUUCGUGUUGUCGUCAAUGGUCCUUAUCCGAUCAUCAAGAAAUUCUUCUGGUGCAUUCAAGCUGAGGUAAAGCUUAGAUGUAAGUUUAAUUUUGUAAUAGCUUUACGUCUAUUUCUAUAGGGGAUAUCAAUAUUAUACGUCCCAAUGAGAUUAUCAAUAUGAAAAUUUUUUAUAGUAAAACGGAUCCUUCACCAAUCCAUUUUUCAAAAUAGGAAUCUUACUGUGAUGUUCAUCAAAAUUCAUAUUAUGAUAAAAACUAAUGCCCUAGAUACUCUUACGACUUAAGUCAAGAGACAGCUUUACGUAAUUAUAAUCAAAAUAAUGAUUUGACUAAAUUCCCAUCAGUUUCCUACUAAGCCAUUUCUCAGCUUAAGCCAAGAAAUGGAUUAGUCAGAAACUGAUGGAAAUGUAAUCUGAUCAUUAUUUUGAUUAUAAUUACGUUGAGCCUUCUGUCGGCUUAAGUCGUUAGUGUACCUAGAGCAUGAGUCUUGAUGCUUUCAAACGCUUUAUUCAAUGUUUCUUUUAUGAUUAAUUUAUUACGGACUACGAAAUCUUACCCAAAUCUCAGAAAGAUUUUGUCCAUUAAAGAGAGAAGUUGGAGAUAUGUGACUUACCUUUCAGGAGCAAAAGGUGGCAUAUCAAGUUUCGCUUUUACAAUGUACCCUUUAACUUUUUCAUAACGUUGCCUAGAGAAACGUUCAAUCAUGUUCCUCUCUUCCUUGAAGUUGUUUUUAGCAAUAUUGACUGUCCUUUAAAUUUCCACAACGGAGAUUAAUUCAUGAGACAUCUGAGAAAACACCCCUUUUACUGCUCGAACUCCACGGAGAGAGCGGUAUAUAUAAUUCCUCGAUUUUUUCACCCCCUUAUUUUCCACUUUCCACCCCCUUUAUUAAACAUUCAAAAGAUUCCCCUGAAAAGCUAUGCAAACCAUUAUGAGGAGGCGUCGACUUCGAGGUAGAUCUAAGACAAGGUGGCUGAAUCAAAUUUAGAAUCCAGCCUUGAAGCGCCUUGGGAUCGAACCCGAACACCUUCCUGAAAUGACGGAGAUCGUCACGCAGGAACUGCUAAACUGAAUGUCAUUGCACCGCGAUCUCCAUAGGGAUAAGUGGUUGAAAAUGAUGAUUGAACAUUCAAUGCAACUCCAAUUUGUUCCUCAGAUGUUCUGUACUACGCUUUGUAAAAAUCUUUCUCCAAAUUCACUCCCACAUUGAUAUACACAGAAAAAAAUAUUUCGUAAAAAUGUUCGUAAAUGUUUGUGAAUUUCUAUGGGGGAGUCACGAAAUGUUCGUGAAUCGUAUAACCUACAAAUAAGUUCGUAAAAGCAUGUACUUUUUCACAAACCUAGUUUGAAACAUCAUCACUUAACAAAGAUUUGUUCGUAAAUGUUUGAAACAUUGCGAACAAAUGACAAAAUAUUACGAACAUUUUUUUAUGUAUAUACGAACACCUACGAACAAAUGUUUGUAAAAGAACGGAAAAUGCUCGUCAAGUGACAUGUUACGAAUAAUGUUUGUGAAAAAAAGUACAAACACUUCCGAACUUUUUAAUGGGUUAUAAGAUCUGCGAGCAUUUUUGAAGUCUCAUGCAAACGACGCGUCAUUUGCAUGAAGUACAGAAACAAAGGAAAUGCAGAUAACAUAGUUACUAAUCCAACCGACAAAUUGUCAACUUGCAAUUUGGAAAAGGGCUGAUAUUUUGAGAAAUAAUGGUUUCGUUAAUAACCUUUCGAAGAGACAAAGUCACUGCAAAGCCAAGCCAAAUCUUUUCGAAAAUUUACCGCAAGGAUCGGAAGCCUAAAGUGCAAGUUCAUGUAACCGUCGCUUUAGCGCUGAUUGUUCUGCCAUUUUGAAUUUCGAUAUUCUUGACACUUCAAUCUGUCAAACAAAUUGGAAGUAAAAACUAAAAACCCGUUGGACGUUCGAACGUUUAAACCGACGUACCUGUAAAAAAAUGCUCUCGAAAGAAAUUUCAUCAGGUACCAAAGGAAAAUUCCUCCACAAGUUUCCAAGAUUACCUAUCAUAGGACUUUAAGUAGAAUUACUCCAGAAAUUACCCACAAAAGAGUGGAAAUUUUCCAAGUAGAUCAUAGGGGUAUCCAUUGGAAUUUUCUUCUUUCGGAAAACAUGGUAACUUCCUGGAGAAAUUCAAUGGAAUUCCUAGAGAAAUUUCUAUGUGCAAUUUCCAUUAUCGUUCUCUAGGAUUUUCCACUGAAAUUUCGAUAUUUAUGCCAGGGUUUUUUUUUCCCUAAAAUCUCCGACGAUUUCAACAACGAGAAUUCCCUCGGAAAAUUAGGCUGGCUCCCAGUGAAUUCCCGAUGAAUUCAAGGGGAAAUUUUAUGGGGAGGUUUCUACCGGCAUUCUUGGGGAUUUAAAGAGGAAAUUUCCUCCUAGUGAUGGGAAAAAUUCCCUGGCCAUUCCUAGAGGAUUCCUCCAAAUUUUCCGAGGAAAACUCUUCGAAUUUUCCAGACCAUUCUCUAAGAUUUCCCAGGAAAAUCGAGGUGAAAAUUCUUCCCGGAAGAGAAAAUUUCCUUCCAGAGUUACAUGAAAAUUCCGUGGCGAGUUCAGGGGAAAUCCUGGAGGAAAUUCUGUAAAAGUUAAGGCUCUUUUAAGGGACUUAAGUUCGGGAGACCAGGUUUUCUGAUUGCAAAGUUCAUAAUAGAACAUGGAAUAUUUUUUUUAAAUGAAAAGGGGAAUUCAAGGAGGCGUGUGAGGGAGCACCAUACAUACGAGUCAUCAAAUGAGUAACAAAAAUGAUAAGGUAAAAGAGGGGAAAAAAUUGAAGAGACCUAAAAGAAAAAGAAAUAAAAAGAUAAGAAAUAAUAAAAGAAAAAAUCAAUAAGGAAAGAAAAAAAUGUGAGGAUUUUUUUUUAGGGACUUUUUAGGAUUUCCUGAGAAGUAUACUAGAGUUUUUCCGAUCUUUCCCGAAGAAUUCCCAGGGAUUUCUUUGAGAAAAGUCCCCUAGUUUUUCCGACCCCUGACUUUUUCAGGGGAGUUCAUGGGUAUAUCCCCAGGUAAAAUCUCUCAGUUUUCCUCAUCAUUCUCGGGAACUUCCCCAGGAUUUUCUU